AUGGCCAGUAAAAGAAAAGCGUUAAGCAUUAGAGAAAAAGCUUAUGUGAUACAUGCGAUUGAAAAUGGAGAAAAGAAAAGCGACGUCGGAAGACGUCUUGAACUAAGUCAUUCAACUGUUGCUACAAUUUGGAAAAAUAAAGAGGCAAUUCGGCGGGCGGAACUGGAGGGAAAGUCUUCUAAAAAAUUAAGGAAGCCAAAAUUCGAAGAGUUAGAUCAAGCGAUUUUGUCGUGGUUGAAACAGCAGCGCAAGAGUAAUAUACCAAUCUCGGGUCCGAUUAUUAAAGCAAAAGCUAAGAAGCUCGCUGAAAAACUUGGCAUCGUUAAUUUUAAAUCUUCGGAAGGUUGGUUGGGUAAAUUGAAGCACCGUCACAAUAUAAUCUAUGGUAAAAUUAAUGAUGAAGCGCUGGACAUUGAUACGAAUGUGACUACCAGUACCGGUGAAUCUGAGCCACCACCAACAAUUCAACAAGCGCUCGAUGCUGUUAAGAUAAUUGAGAAAUUCUUAUUGUUCAAUCAAAAAAGUUUCACCGCAUAUCAAGAGAUGGCGAAAUGUAUAACAAAGAUCAGACAAAGUUAA